GUUGCUUUUUCUGGCUCAGAAACCAUCAUUGUUCUCGGAAAAUCUGAGAUCGCAGAUUUAAGGUGAGAAUUUUUCGAUCAGGAGUUGGUGAGAUCGGAAUUGUACCCUGGAAGUCGGAGAAUUUGUGUAAACUUGGGUUUUUGGGAUUUUCCGAUGGAUAGUUUAAGUGAUAUCGAUGGUGAUUGCGAUGGAAGAAAUGAAGGAGGAUCGUCAUCGGAUUAUCGAUUAUUGGGUCGGCAAGUUACGGUUCAUCAGUUCAUGGGCGGUGGCAAAGCUGCUGACUUGCUCUUAUGGAGGAGACGACAUCUUUCUUUGGGGGUUAUCAUUAUAUCAACUGUAGCCUGGCUUAUAUUCGAGUUUUCCGGGUUGCCUUUCUUAUCUGUUUCUUCAGAUGUCUUACUCAUUGGGAUCAUAAUAUCAUUCGUCCAUGCCCGGGUUUCUGCUUUUAGGAAAAGACAGUCGCAUUCGUUACCAGAGCUUGUUCUAUCAGAGGAAAUGGUGAAUAGUGCCGCAGCUUCGUUCCGUAUAAAACUCAAUCACUUGCUUGUAAUGGCUCAUGAUGUCACAGUUGGCAACGAUUUUCGACUCUUCUUCAAGGUGGUGAUUUGUCUGUGGCUUCUCUCUGCCAUUGGUAGCUAUAUAUCUCUCUGCACUCUUGUUUAUAUCGGGACAAUCCUAUCUGUAACAAUACCCGCUUUGUACAGUAAAUAUCAAAGCAAAGUAGACAAGUGUUGCGGGACGAUACACAGGCGGUUGUCUCACCACUACAAAAUAGUGGACGAAAAUGUUAUAAGCAGACUCUCAUGGGGCUUAACCAACGAUAAAGAUUCAUGAGCUUAACUUUGGUGAUUCUGAGAAUGCUUUUACUUGUUUUUGUUUAGUUUUUCUUGUUAUUCACCAUUUGUAGUAUAACUAAACGCCAUAUCCAGAAUGAAUAUAUGAUGGUUUCUUUGUUCAACUAAAUUAACUUUGCCUUU